AUUGUUUUUUCUUUAUUUUUCAGAAUUUGCAGAAAAAUCAUGGCUCAUUUAUGGGGAAAGAGGUGUAGGUGUUAACUACGGUUAGAAUUUAACCAUGGUGGGGUUUGACUAGGCCUUCUUUGACACCCUGGUUAAUCGGGUGGGUGGACUUGGUGCAGCAGCUGUGAGCUGCUGCUGCUGCUGCUGCUGCUACUCUUUGUUGUUGCUGCAGUCUCGUCAAGCUUUGUCUGAAAAGUUCCGCCCCAAUGAUUUUGGCAGCAAAAGGUUUCUGCUGUUGCUGUUGAUUCCGAUGCGGGAUAAUUCCCCUUCUGUCUCCAGAUGGAUGCUUGCUUUCGGGUUCAUGGAUUUGCAAUAAACGAAGGGAAUUCAAGGACUCCUUCUGAAGUAUAAACUACUCUCUUUACAUUUCUCUGUCCUAGCUGACGAGUGAAGAAAUAAUACCGCCUGUGACUGUGAGAACCAUUGGAUCACUUGUUCUAGUCCAUAAUUGGGAAAGAAACGACAAAUUACUCAAUUGAGCAUGCAAGGAUCGGUGUGAAAGUGAGUCUGGGCACAGUUUGGAUCCCUUGGAAAUUUUGAGCUUCGCUAGCCAUUGAGCUCUAAGCGUAUAUGUAUAAUAUCUUCGAGGGUGGUGAGUUUCUGGAUAUUCCAAUAAUCAGGAAUCAAUAUAGAACAAUUUGAGAAAAAAUGGGUGGAAUUUGCUCAAGGAGAUCGACCAUAGAUAGGUCCAUCGGUGGAACCUUUGCACGAUCCAAUGGCCAUGGUUUAUUGAAUGAUCCUGAUGGCAUUGGUUUCCAUCCUGGCGUGUCAUUACCAAAGACACUGAACAACGCACCAUCUCCCAUGAUGAUGGGUAUGGAGAACCAGUUGCGAGAUCCUUUUGCCUUCUCUGAUACACCUGAAUAUGACAAUAGUCAUGAAGAAGAGCCGAAGGAGCCACAGUUGUCUAGAGCUCAGUCUCAGAAAUCCAAGUCACUUGGGCCAGUAGCAGCAGCUAAAAUUGGUGCAACCAAGGUAUCAGAAGUGAGUUCACUUUUGGGGAGAGCUGGUACAGUUGGGCUUGGUAAGGCAGUAGAGGUUUUGGACACACUUGGAAGUAGCAUGACCAAUUUGAACCUGAACUCUGGGUUUGCAUCAGGGGCCACAUCAAAAGGCAGUAAAAUAGCAAUUUUGUCAUUUGAGGUUGCUAAUACAAUAGUUAAAGGUGCAAACCUUAUGCAAUCUCUUUCAAAGGAAAAUAUAAGAUACCUGAAGGAAGUGGUUCUGCCUUCAGAAGGUGUUAAGCGGCUGAUCUCUUCAGACACAAAUGAACUACUAAGAAUUGCUGCUUCUGACAAAAGGGAAGAGCUGAGUAUCUUUGCUGGUGAAGUAGUGCGCUUUGGAAAUCGUUGUAAAGAUCCUCAAUGGCAUAAUCUAGACCGCUAUUUUGAAAAACUUGGUUUAGAACUUACACCUCAAAAACAAUUAAAGGAAGAGGCGGAAAGUAUUAUGCAGCAGCUAAUGGGUUUGGUUCAGUGUACAGCUGAGUUGUACCAUGAGUUGCAUGCGUUAGACAGAUUUGACCAGGACUAUAGACGGAAGCUUCAGGAAGAAGAAAAUCCUACUGCAGCUCAGCGAGGGGACAGCAUUUCCAUGUUAAGAGCAGAGCUGAAAAGUCAAAAUAAGCAUGUAAGAAGUUUAAAGAAGAAAUCCCUGUGGUCAAAGAUUUUGGAAGAGGUUAUGGAGAAACUUGUAGACAUUGUUCACUUUCUGCAUCUAGAAAUCCAUGAAGCUUUUGGGGGUGAUGGAGGUCUUAAGCUGGAAAAGAAGGCAGCUUCGAGCAAUCAGCAAAGAUUAGGUUCAGCUGGCCUUGCAUUGCACUAUGCAAAUAUUAUCACUCAAAUUGACACCCUUGUAUCACGUCCAAGUUCCAUUCCACCAAACGCAAGAGACACAUUGUAUCAAGGACUGCCUCCCAGUGUAAAAUUAGCCUUGCGCUCAAAAUUACUGACGUUCACUGUCAGUGAAGAACUUACCAUUCCUCAAAUCAAAGCAGAGAUGGAGAAAACUUUGCAGUGGCUAGUUCCUAUUGCUGCCAACACAACCAAAGCACAUCAUGGUUUUGGUUGGGUUGGUGAAUGGGCGAACACUGGAUCUGAGGUGAACCGUAAACCAGCUGGAGCUGACUUGACCCGCAUAGAGACCCUCCACCAUGCUGAUAAAGAGAAGACUGAAGCUUACAUGCUCGAGCUAGUCGUGUGGCUUCACCAUUUGGUCAGCCGUGCAAGGCCUGGUCUCAGUUAUGCCAGGUCUCCCAUUAAAUCACCUAUCCGUUCACCAAACCAGUUGCAUGCAGCCUCACUGUCAUCUACAGAGAAGUCAGCAAAAUCAUCAGGUCUAUCUGAAGAAGACCAGAAUAUGCUACGUAGAGUGACCUGGAGAAAGUUUACUCCUGGGAUUAGUAAAAGCCAAGAGUUUGACAUUGUAAAGCCCAGAUCUUCUAAGUACCAUAGGUUGAGUAAAAGCAGCAGUCAGUCUCCAAGUAGUUGGGGUAGGAAGGACUCCUUUCCUUUGAGAAGACUUUCAAUGUUGCCUGUUAUUGACUUUGACAUUGACAAAUUGAAAGCAUUGGAUGUCAUCGACAGAGUAGACACUAUCAGAAGCAUAUGAAACUGAAUUGAGGAUAUCCACCCACUUGUAGAUAGGCAGCUCUUGAUCCAAUGAUCUGAUUCAAGUUGGUUUUGAUUCAUUGAACAUGGGCAUAAGCAUCCUGACCUGAAUGCAUGUUCAUGGCGGACAGGAAUCCAGGGUAGGAUAAAGCUGCCACCAUAAUGGAAUAGAAAUAUUAAGUGGUUGAUGGGUGGUCUCGGGGAGACAUUUUUGUAAGUAAUUGUAGAGAUAAUGUGGGAAAUAUGUAUCAUAAGGGAUAUUUGGUAAAUGGGGUGGUGUAGAGAGCUUCGCUGUUGGUUGGAAGGUGAUUUUGUUAAUUCAUACACAUCAAGUUCGUGUUCAAUUUUUUGGUCUCCCUUGCUGCUGUAUUUGAUCUUAUAAUUGAAUUUUGCAUAAUCAGUUUCUCUUUUUUAGUUUCA